UUUACACGGAAACGCCGGCGGCCGGUUCGGGUGGCGCGCUUGCCUGGCUGCUCUGACUCCGUCGUCUUCUCUCGAAGCUUUCCCACAUCUCGCGAUCGCGCUGUCGAUCUCGGCACGAAGCUUUCCUCCAUCAUCGCGAGCAGGAUUUCUCCGCCCCUUUUCUCGAUCCCACAGCGCGGUCUUCCGGUGGAGUCAUCGCCCGGUCGGUUCGGCGAGAGAUGGUGGGACCGAACGGGGUCCGCCGGAGCCGCCGCGGCGGGGGCUCCGGCGGCGGGUCGUUCCGGGGAAUGGUCGAUGGUCGUCAUCCGAGACUCCGCCGCCGCCGCCGCCGGGGGCGGGGGCGGCCGCGACGGUGGCAAAUACGGAAGCUUGAGCGUGUUCCCUCCGAGCGACCAUGAAAAUCUGCACGUCCCCUCCGGGCCCUGCGGAGGAGAGGGAGGCCCGUCUCCGGUUUUGGCUUCGCCCCUCGAUUCGCUCUCCUCCCCGUCGCAAUUUUUCACUUCGUCGCCGUCCGCUUCUUCCUCUUCUUCUUCGUGUUCGUCUUCAUUUUCGUCGUCCGAUGUGGAUGAGGAGCUCCAAGAUGAACCGCGGCCGUCGGGUUCCGCGGUCCAGGUCAGCGAACCGGGUCGACACACGGGCUUGCUGGAAUUCGGGUUUAGAGUUUUGGGGUCGAAGGCUUUUGCUGCUGUAAGCUCCUUCUUUGGCCGUAGCUCUGCGAGGGGAGGGCUGUUUUGGUUGUCUGUUGCUUCGGCGGCGGCGGUGCUGUGGUGGGUAUACACGCGAUUCCGCUUGCUGCGGAUGAGACACAGAGAGAGAGUGGAUGGUUUGAUGCGCGUGAUUAAAGAGCGAGACGAGAAAAUCGCCCGUCUCCUGCAUCAAAUUGCUCAGAUGAAUGAGGUGCUGCUGUCGCGGCACAAAGCUUUGAUUUCCAAAUUGCCCGGAUGAGUAAGAAUUGGGACUUAUGGACGACAUUGUGGAGUAUGCAGCUUUUAUUAUCGACAUUCUUUUGUCUCGAGCAAGGCCAAACUUGCUAGAUUUAGAUGCUUCUCGCCUCAAAGCCCUCUGAACUGGAUGAUGAUUGCAGUAAUGCUUCCCUCUACAAGAUUGUGACACCAGAGGUUUAGAAGAACAUCUAGAAGGGAUCACGGAUUUAGGCCCUGGAUAAGUUGUCUAGUCUUUGGAGCCUUGCUGGUGUACACGUGCUUGGGUUGGUCUGACCAUAUCCUCUUGUACUUUGUCUCAGUUUGAGGUCCAUCUUUCUGCUGAAUUUAUCCUUGUGAGGCUUAAUAUUUCGAUUAGCCUAAUGGGAUUAUAUCCUAGAUCAAGUAUCGUUGU